AUGGAUUCAAUUGAAACUCCUUUCACUGCACUAGCACCACCUGUCUUCAAUGGAGAAGGCUAUCACGUGUGGGCAGCAAGAAUGGAGGCUCAUCUGGAGGCAAAUGAUCUCUGGGAAGCUGUCGAGGAGGACUACGAAGUUCCUCCAUUGCUUGCGAAUCCAACCAUGGCGCAGAUUAAGAAUCAAAAGGAGAAGAAAUCAAGGAAGUCAAAGGCGAGAGCUACGUUAUUUGCUGCUGUCUCACCUGAAAUCUUUGUCAGGAUUAUGACUAUGAAGUCAGCUUUUGAUGUCUGGAAGUUCCUGAAGAAAGAGUACGAAGGAGAUAAGAGGAUUAAAGGAAUGCAGAUUCUCAAUUUGAUCAGAGAAUUUGAACUUCAGAAGAUAAUUGUUCAAAAGAUUCUUGUAAUAGUUCCUGAAAGGUUCGAAGAAACCAUCUCUGCGCUGGAGAACACUAAGGAUUUGUCAAGGGUUAGCUUGGCAGAAUUGUUGAAUGCUUUGCAGGCACAAGAACAGAGAAGACUUUUGAGGUCUGAAGGGUCUGUUGAAGGUGCAUUAGCUGCAAGAGCUCAGUUCAAUCAAGGAGGAAAAGGGAAGAAGAAUGAGAAGUACAAGAAGGGAAGCUCAGGUUCUGAUUCUCCUAAUACCAGUAAGGGAACAAAAUCCUAUUUUCCUCCUUGUAAACACUAUGGAAGGAAGGGUCAUCCACCUUUCAAAUGCUGGAGAAAGCCAGACCAGCAAUGUGAGAAGUGCCAGAAGAUGGGACAUCAUCACAGAAUUUGCAAGAGCAACAUUCAACAGAAGAAUGUGACAUAA